AUGGUGGCGUGCGGCAGCGGCUUCACGCUCUUCCUGGUGGAGGCGGGGGACGAACGCGUGGCAAAGCUGCCCCUGCACACACCAGAGGUGGAGGUGGAGCCCGCAGUGGCGGUGGAGGAGGACGGCAACGGCAAGGGCGGCGGCAAGGGCGGCGCGGGGGCGAAGAGGAAGGCGCCGGCGGCGGCCGCAGGCAAGGGCAAGAAGGCCAAGUGA